AUGGACAGAGUAAAGUGGACUGGAAAAGAGGAUAAGAUGGCUAAGAGGAAGAAGACUAAGAAGAGGAAGACGAAGAAGAAGGAGAGAGAGAGAGAGAGAGAAGAAGCGAAAGGGAAGAAGAAGAAGAAGAAGAAGAAGAAUAACAAGAAGAAGAACAAGAAGAAAGAGAAGAAGUACUCGAGGGUAGCCAGAGCCAAGGGGCAGAGACAGGCCAGGCCGGAUAUCGAAGUCCUUGAGAAAGGAAAAGGCAAAAACAUCCUCGUAUUCUCUCUCUCUCUCUCUCGAUCUCUCUUUUACUGUCUCUCUUCUGUCUCUUCUACUGUAUCUCUCUUCUAUCUGUCUAUCUCUAUCUCUAUCUCUAUCUCUGUCUCAUCCGCCCCUCCGACAAGGUUGAACCACGCCCGGCUAGUCAACUCGACCAGCCAGCCCGACGAGCUAGCUAGCUCUGUCUUGUCUCUCUCAGGUCUCCCUCAGGGUCUCUCAGUCUCUCUUCCAUGGACUGACCUUGGCCGGCCUCCCUCGCGACGCCCCCCUGGAGACUCGACUCGUCUCGUCCUCUCUUCCUCUUCCUUUCUUCCUCUUCUCUUCUUCUUCUUCACGGCCUGGCUUGCUUGCUUGCUUCUUCUUCUUCUUCUUCUUCCUUUCUUUUUGCUGCUUCUCGCCUGCAUCCUUGUCCUCGCCCGCCGGCCAGACAGCGACAGCCUCUUCCCUCUUCCCUCCCUCCAUCCAUCUCUCUCUUCUUCCUCUUCUUCUUCUUCUCUUUUACUCUCUACUCUCUAUCGUCUACUCUCUACGCUCUGCUGCUGGCUGCAACUCGCCAUGGACAACCCUCCGCCCAGCGGCUCGGCCGGCAACUCGAGCGACUUUGUAAGUCUUUCUCUCUUCUCUCUCUCUCUUCUUACUGAUGAUGAUGAUGAUGACUGA